UUUUUAUCCGAUAUCGAUUUUCCAAUCCAAUCCAAUUCAAUCAAUUGAUCCACCACUCAAACGUCCCUAGGUAGGCUCGAUAAGAUAAGAUACGACCUAAGGUACCAUAGACUUUUUUUUUUCUCUACUGGUCGCACUCGAAGCCGCGAUGCAAUAAGCUUCACUAUUAAUACAAUCAAGCAUAAUAACCCAAGUAGCAACGUGAAGAUGGCCAAAUCAAAGCCUAGUUUAACAGCAUCGACGAAAGUUAUCGACCCCACCCUCGAUGCUCUAUUCGCAAGUAGCGCCGGGCCUGUACAAGCUCCCCCAAAGACACGGUACUCAAAUUUACUUUCACACAAAGAAAGGAAACCCUCACAAACAUCAAAUGAUGAGGAAUCAGGUUCGGAGGAUGAAUUGACUGCCGAUGGUGAAGAGGUUGAUGAUGAGGUCCUGAGCGACUUAGGUGACGAUGCCGAGGGAGGUAUAUCUUCAGAUGAUGAAGUAGCGUCAGACAAUUCCGAUUCCGCAGAAGAGUCACCGGCACCGCAAAAGAAGGAUCGUAAGAGGAAGCGCAAAGAUGAGCAUGACGAUCUGGAGGGUAAAUAUAUGCGGAAGGUGGCCGAGGAAACGGAAAAGGAAAAGGAGGCGCGGUCUGACAAACGCCGCAAGGGUGAAGCCGGUCAGGCGAUAAACGGUACGAUAACCGAAGCAGCGGAAGACUCAGAUGAGGGUGAAGCCCCGUUAGUUCACGAAUCCCUUCUUGCGAAGACGGAUGAUCAUACGGAUGUCGAAUUGGAUAAGGCAAACCGAACGCUAUUCCUCGGAAAUGUUUCAUCCGAAGCUAUUUCUUCAUCUAAAGCAAAAAAGCUUCUGAUAUCUCAUCUUUCAUCACCACUAUCAGCACUAGACUCAGCCAGUGGGCCGCAUAAAGUCGAGUCUCUACGUUUCCGUUCAACUGCAUAUUCCACUGGCGCGAUGCCAAAGCGUGCUGCGUUCAUCACCAAAUCCGUCAUGUCCGCCACGACAAAAUCUACCAACGCCUAUGUAGUCUACUCAACCCCACUUGCUGCACGCACCGCGCUCAAAGAGCUGAAUGGUUCUGUCGUUCUCGAACGCCAUAUCCGGGUGGACAGCGUAGCGCACCCCAACGCGGUAGAUAAUCGAAGAUGUGUUUUUGUGGGAAAUCUUGGUUUCGUGGAUGACGAAACCGUCAUUAACACCACUGCUGAGGGGGAAACUACAACGAAGAAGCGCACAAAGAUUCCGGCAGAUUUUGAAGAAGGAUUAUGGCGAAUUUUUGGUCAGCAUGCUGGUAAAGUGGAGAGCGUCCGUAUUCCCAGGGAUCCCAAGACACGGGUGGGCAAAGGCUUUGCAUAUGUGCAAUUCUACGAUACCAACGACGUUGAAUCGGCUCUGUUACUAGAUGGCAAGAAGUUUCCUCCGAUGCUACCACGGGUGUUACGCGUAUCUCGCGCUAAAGAUCCACGAAAGACGGCCCUUGCUAUGGAGCGGGCACAGAAGGCUAGGCUCGAGGGCUUACAUAGCCAAGAUAAGAACUCGAAGAGUACUAAACAUAAGCCAAAGAUAACCCCUGAGCAACAGUCACAAGCAGGUAGGGCAGGGAAGCUCCUAGGAAGAGCAGCAGCAGCAAGACAACGUCACGGAGUCAAGGGCGAAAGAAGACCACGCAAAGAAGAUAGAAAGGAACCAACAGCCGCCGAGGCCUUCAAAUCCCCUGAGCAAAUAAUCUUUGAAGGUCGCAGAGCUAGCGAAAAGGAUGGUAGACCUGCAGAUCUGAAAUUCGGCAAGAGUAAAGGGAAGAAAGGAGUAGUUAAGGCAAAGACGAAGAGUCGAGGAGCUAGGAGAGCGGCCGAAUGGAGAAAGAAGGGAACAAAGUAAAGUGCUACGAAGUAUGUAUCUACCAAUUAGGUAUUAACAUACCUAUUGACGUUCUAUAAUUAACGUACUGCCUUGAUACCCAGAAUUAGCUAGGUAGUAGAAUCAUCCAUAUUAUUACCCAA